AUGGUAAAACUCGACGUCUACGGCCGAGGCCGGUCGCUUCGAAUGGCGAUUAUGUUUACUUGCCAGCUAGCAUUUAUUUUCUUUGGCUAUGAUCAGGGCGUCUUUUCCGGCAUCGUUGGCAACGACGACUUCCUCGAAAUCGUCCGCUAUCCUAGCCCAGGUAUCCUCGGGAUCAUCGUGUCGAUCUACAAUCUAGGCUGUUUCACCGGAACAAUUGUCUCAUUUGCAUUUAGUGAUAAGAUGGGGCCACGGAAAUCAAUGUGGUUUGCUAUGGUAUGGAUUAUUGUCGGAGCCACACUACAAACCACCGCAUUUUCGAGGGCGCAGCUUCUCGUUGCCCGGUUCAUCACUGGUAUCGGCACAGGGAUUGAAACCACCGUCGUACCUGUAUACCAGUCCGAGUUAUGCGAGGCCAAAAAGCGCGGGAAAUACGUGUGCAGCGAGCCGCUCUUUGUCGGCGUUGGUAUCGUCAUUGCGUAUUGGUUUGACUAUGGGAUGAGCUAUGUGGAUGGUGCUAUUAACUGGCGACUGCCUGUGGCUUGUCAGAUGAUCUUUGCUAUCAUGAGUCCUCGGUGGCUUUAUCGGCACAAUAGACCCGAAGAGGCACUGCAGGUUCUCUGUGAUAUCUAUGAUAUGGGGCCUGGUGCCAAUAAGGUCGUCUCAGAGUCUGAGGGUAUUAUACAGGCUAUUCAGCUGGAAACCAUGCAUGGCGAAUAUAAGUGGUCUCAGAUCCUCAAGAAGGAUGAAGUGCAGACUGGUAGGCGAGUGUUGCUAGCCUAUGGUAUACAGUUCAUGAACCAGAUGGGUGGUAUCAACCUGGUUGUUUACUAUGUGACCUCAGCUAACACCCCCGCCAGGCUCAUUCUACCCAACCUUCUUCUCCGACCGAUUCGGCCGCCGAAAGCCCAUGAUGUGGGGAUCCUUCGGACUAUUCAUAUCCAUGAUGAUGAUAUCAAUCCUGCUCUCGUUCAAAGGUACACAUUGCAUUACUUAAUGCGCACCCAUGCCCCCGUGAGAGCAGGAACAUCCGUCGAAAAACCAACCGCCACAGCCUCAGUCGCCUUCUUCUUCCUCUUUAUGCUCAUUUUCGGCGCUUCAGUGAACUGCAUUCCAUGGGUCUACGGACCAGAGAUUUUGCCUCUGCAUGUACGCGCGAAAGGACAAGCGAUUGGUAUAUCGGCGAAUUGGCUCUGGAAUUUCUUCGUGGUCAUGAUUACGCCGACGCUAAUUGAGGACCUUGCUUGGAAGGGGUAUUUGAUAUUUAUGUGUUUGAACUUGGUUUUUGUGCCGAUUAUUUAUUUCUUCUAUCCGGAGACGGCGAAUCUGACGCUCGAGGAAAUCGAUUUUCUGUUUACUGAUCGGGCGAGGCAUCCUUCUGCGCUUGCCGGCGUGGGUGUGGAGGCUGCUACUAUGAGGAGUAAGGAUGAGAGUGCGGAUGGGAGUGUUAGUCAUGAUGAAGUGCGAGGAGGACAAGAAAAACAAUGA